CAUCCAGAGAGCAUCUGCAGAUAUCUGUGCGAUCAGAGAGCGGAGGUGGAGAGCACUGCAGCAGACAUGCCAGGCCUGCUCCUCAUCACACUGACGGCCCUACUGACCAGCUGUGAAGCUCUCAAACAGGGUUCGUCCCAGCGUGUGAUCCCCCUUCGUCCUCCAGCGGCUCCUCCUUUUCAGGAUGAAGGAACAGUCCAGUCUUAUUUCAUUCAGGAAUUAGUCAGAACCAAACGUCAUGCAGUCAGUGAGUUAGUGCGUGCUCAACCACAUUUGGUUCAUGACAUGAGCUGGCCGGAGAUACACGAAACAUCCCGUGCACAGGCCAAGAUGGAGUCAGCUAACUCCUCUCAUUUAAAUGCAUCGCCUUCUGCUAGCCAGGAUGCAGCCAGGACCCACGCUGCUGUGGAUGAAAGCCUGGAUGUGGAGGAUGAGAUGGAGCGUAUGGUUCACUUGGCAGUCCCCCAGGAUGCAGGAGCCUACAGGGCACAUUCAGAACCCACUGACUCGGAGACAGAGCUCUUUGUUGGGCCAAGAGCUAGGGAUGCAUCCCAGGAGGCUUCUGGCUUUUAUGGAAUGGACAUGGAAGACAGAGACAGAGGGGAAGAGGGAGGAGAGGACCAGGAGAGAAGAGGGGGGGAGGACGAGUGGGAGAGAGACACAGGGGAAGACCGAGAAAGAAGGGAGGGAGACAUAAAAGAAGAGGAAGACGGAAAAGGAGAAGACACUUAUGGAGAAGGAGUCAGAGAUGCCUUAGAGGUCAACCACACGACACCGGAUCUGGAUGCUCUGAUUGGUUACUCUUCAUUCUUCCAUCCCUCCAGCUCCAAGGAGCCCAGCAGCUCCUCCCAAGCUGAGGAACAUGAUUCUGGGCUACCCGAGCACCGUGGAUCCCCAGUUCUAGAGAUGGGUCCUUUAGAAAGAGAGCUGUGGGAGGCAGAGAAAGAGGAUGAAGUUCAGUCCAGCGGUUAUGGAGUCCUUCUUUCCUCCGUCACUACAGCUCGUACCACAUCUGCUGCUGGAGAUGCCAUGGGAACGGCCACGCCAGAGACUGACACAGGAACAGACUUUGGGCUGCUGGGAAGUUUUACUAAAGAUGAGAUAGAAAAGGAGGAGGAAGACAGAGAGCUGACACACAUUAGUGUAUUUACCCAGAAUCCCACUGCACCAGAGGUUGGCGUGGCUCCUAGCAGACAGCCGCUGCAGCCCAGUGUGGAGGAAGGGGAGCAGCUGGAACAGGACAAACACAGCCUAAAAGCAUUUGGUCUGGAAGACAAAAGUGAAGAAGUAGAGGAGGAGGAAUGGAGAAAGAUGGACAGAGAGGAAACAAAAAUCAGACACGUUAUCACACUCACCACAGAUCCCUCACCCACCAUCGGCUUUACCGAGCCGGAGCUGGAACCUAACUUGGAGGAACCGCGACAGGUGGUGUGUUUAAACUGGAGCGAGCUGGCUGGACGUGGUUAUGUCAUACUCAACAUGACACAAAACCUGAACUGUGAGGAGUUUCGUGCAUGCCAGGGCGUACGAUUGUUGAAGAUCAUUGAACGAGUAUUUGCUCGAAGAAUGAACAGCCCUGAAGGAACAUGGGUCAUCUAUCUCAGCAAACCUACACACCAGCAACAUCAGCUGCUGAUGAAUGUGGCAUCUGGACAUGGAGUUAUCGCUACCCAAGAUGUGUUGGACAUGCUGGGAGAAAUCAGGAAAAGCCUCAAUAAGGUGGGCAUCCAGAACUACAGUGCAGCCAGCAGCUGUCAGUCUCGGCCCAGCAAAACACGAAGUGACUACGGCAAACUGUUUGUGGUUCUGGUCAUCAUUGGCUCCGUCUGCAUGGUCAUCAUCACCUCCGGAGUCAUUUACAUCUGCUGGCAGAGACAACUGCCUGCAACCAAGACCAUGUACCGCGCUGAGGAGCUUCAUUCUGUGGAGAAUGGUUACCAUGACAACCCCACGCUGGAUGUGACCAAUGACAGCCAGGCUGAGAUGCGGGAGAAAAAACCGAGUACCAAUGGACUCACAGGGGUGGGAGAAGGAGGCGGGGAGGACAGCAGUCGCUGGCAGGUCUUUGUCAAUCAAGCAGCAACUGAGGAGGAUGAGGAGGAGCAGGACACACAUCUCUGAUUGAUGAAGGGGUGUUUUAUUUGAUGAUGAGCAGAGUUUGAAGAAAAGAGGAAGAUAACUGAUGGCAGAGAAGAAAAAGAGGAGAAAGAAAUGUCUUUAGAUGCUAUGUCCAUUUAGAGUUUUGCAGGAAGUGAGAACAGGAGGGGCUUAGCUGGAGGAGUCAUUGAUGUCAUCUUGGUGAUUAUACAUUAGAAACUGAACUUUAUCUUGAGAUGUAGGCUAGUCACAAAGUUGAGAAAUGCAUCUGAAAUCCCUACUUGAUGUUACACAGCGUCACCCUCACAUCAGGACACCUCUGUUUAGUGUGCCUUAUGCUCUUAGCUUUGUACUGUGGCGGCACGAGACAGUUUAAAUACAAGUGACAAAUCAUAGCAUGAAGCAUCUUUUUAGACAUUUAACAUUUGAAUGUAAAUAAGCUUUUACAGUUUCCUUGUCAUUUUGGGUCAGAACUCAUAUGAGAAAAGAUCUGAUCUUGGAGAGAAACAGUUUUCACAGCAAAUAUUUAGGAGGACAUUUAUUUUGAUAACCACAGCUGAAAUGUAACUAAGGGUACUAUUUUGUUAGAGAUCAGUGUUUGACAUAUAAACACGAUGAUCUCACAAAACACAGUAUAAUAGACUACUAGCUUAUUAAAGAUACCCAACCUUUUAUAAAGCAGCAAUAAUUAACACCACUGAAAGAUCAUCCAAACGAACCCCAUUAAUAUCUGGCUCAGCUCAUAUCAAGGCCGAUGGUGUUAACAAAACAAGGAAAUUAACAAGACAAUUUCAGUUUUGCUAACUUAGCUAAUUGCUAAAUGUGAUAAUUUCACAAUUAGUAACUGAGAAAUUCUUUUUCCCGUAAGAAUACCUUUAUAAAAAUUCAGUAUUUUUUCAGUUAACACAGUCACUUUAGUGACAUUCUGAGCUGAAGUUUGGAAUGAAGCAUUUUUGUAAUGUGCCACUGCUGUGAUUACAGAUAAGAUUUGCAGCUACACCCGAGUAUUGCUUAUAGCAGUAAGAAUGUCUAAUCAAUAGUUUCCUGAUAGAUUUUAAAGCCUUUAAAUUGUCAGUAGUUUCAUCCAUUUAUCUGAUGACAUGACAGCAGCGACUCCUCAGCUACUCCUCCUGAACAGAAAGUAUCGCCUGUAGCAACUGUGAAAGUAAAGUUUUGGCACUUUAUUGAUUCCCUUUGGAAAUGGUGACUAUCAUUGAAAUGCUGCGUCAUGUUAAAUGUAUUUCAUACAGUGACUAAACUAUCUCUAUUUUGCUUUUAGUAGUGGUUGUAACUGCUGAGGGUGUUUACUGUGAACUCUUCAACACGUCAUGUGAAGCUAAAAUUGUGCGCUGUUAGCCUAAUGUGACUUUGAAUAGUGCUGGAAUGGCUGCUGUUUGCUCCUGGCUGAAUCUUGAGGCUAUGACACGUGGGCAACAUU